UCGGUGGAUUAUAACAAUUGUACACGACAAGCUGCCUUCAUCCUUAGCUGCGUAGUAAUGUCGUCGGACGAAGACGAGUGGGUGCCCUUUAGCCGGCGACCUGAAUGGUCGGAUGUGAAGCCGGUGCCCCAGGACGACGGGCUCCACCCAGUCGUGCCCAUCGCCUACCGGGACGACUUCCGGGAGACGAUGGACUACUUCCGGGCAGUUUACCUCUCCGGCGAGCGAAGCCAACGCGCCCUCAAUCUCUCCGCCGAGGCUAUCAGCAUGAAUCCCGGCAACUAUACCGUCUGGUACUUCAGACGGCUUGUUCUUGAAGCAAUUAAUGCUGAUUUGAAUGAUGAAAUGGAAUAUACCAAUUGUGUCGCUUCCAGGAAUUCUAAGAACUAUCAAAUCUGGCACCAUAAGAGGUGGCUUGCUGAGAAGCUGGGUCCAGAAGUUGCACAGGAGGAGCUUGAAUUUACCAAAAAGAUAUUUGCUAUUGAUGCUAAAAACUAUCAUGCCUGGUCUCAUAGACAGUGGGUUCUUGAGGCAUUAGGUGGGUGGCAAAAUGAGCUUGACUAUUGUAAUGAACUGCUUAAAAAUGACAUAUUUAACAACUCGGCAUGGAAUCAGAGGUACUUUGUCAUCACAAGAUCUCCGCUUUUGGGGGGCUUGCAAUCUAUGCGUGAAUCUGAGGUGAGUUAUGCAGUUGAAGCCAUCUUAUCCAACCCUGAGAAUGAGAGCCCCUGGAGGUACCUGAGAGGUUUAUAUAAAGGUAAUCCCAAUCUUCUAAUAUGCGAUAAUCAGGUCUUAAAAGUAUGUCUCCAAGUGUUGAAUACAAAGCACAAUAUCAUCUUCCCCUUGAGUUUGCUUUUGGAUCUUCUUUGCCAUGGCUUCCGGCCAAGUGCAGAAUUUGUGAGUAGCAUCGAGGCUUUGAGAAUCACCUUACCUGAAUCAUCCUCAACCUCCUCUAGUUUGGCAAAAACCGUUUGUUCUAUCCUUGAGACUGUUGAUCCGAUUCGAUUGAACUACUGGUUUUGGCGGCGAAACCAUCUUCCUUCUGAGGUUUGUUAAAUCUAUUUGAAAUUUGUAACUUGUGAUUUAAAUGCAAAUUGUUAUGGAUUUAGUAAACCUUAUUGUCUCUUUUAGUAAUGUGUAUGUAUUUCAAGCUAAUACAGAUGUUGUGUUGUCCAAAUGAGCUGGUGUAAACAUUCAUAUGUAUGGACUCGAAAUCCAAAUUAGAGGGAGUCCUUGUUUUUCAAAUUCUGUUUUAUUCUAA